AUGGACCAUGUCUUCCGCAAUAUGCAGGAGGGGCUUCUGAAAAUGGAUGGUUUUCGCACGGAACUUGACCGAUUCGAUUCCACUCUCAACAAGCAGGCUGUCGAGACGGAGAGCCUGAUUGAGCGCUACGAGGUCGAGUUGCAGCAGCUGAAGAUGCUCACCAGGCAGAAGGAGGAAGCAAAUCUGCAGCAACGACGUGCCCUUGAUGCAUUGCGGCACGAGCUGCAGCACCUCCAGAAGCUGCAGUCCGGCUGUGAAGAGUCCUUCUUUUCAAGCCUGGAGCAGAAGUUCGGAGAGUUGUCGCCCCUCAAAGCGGAAGUGGAGGCGAGGAUGACCUCCAUGGACCUGAAGCACCACAGCCUCACGGAUCAGGUCUGGAGCAGCGAAUGUGCCAUAGCCAAAGUGUCUGGGGAGCUCUGCAACUUCCAAGAUCGCUUCGACCAGUUGAAAGCAGUGGUGCACAGCCUGGAGAGUGAGCGUGACGGCCGCCAGAAGCUGGAGAGCAUGCAGCAAGAGCUGGCGGACUGGUUGGGCCAAUCUCGAUUCGAGGCUGCAUCUGUGAGGAAGGCGUUCUCUGCAGCAGUAGAGGCCAACAAAGAAAGCCUUCAAAUCGGGUUGGACGUGGCUGCAAACCAAAUAGCCAACUUUAUGGACGAAGUGCGUGCAGAAAACCAGAAGAUCCUGGAGCAAACAGCUGACAUUCAGCGGCAGACCGCUGCCACAUGUAGCAGCUUCAGGGCGGAGCUGGACGAGCACCAGCGCCAGCGUCAAUUCGCCGAUGCACGGACUGAGGCCAUCCUCCACGAGUUGCGAGAGGCGCUGGACGAGUACGACCGCCGGAGGAAGCGAGAAAAGACUACCCUCGAGCUGCAGAUGAAGGAGGUUGGGCAGCAACUGGCCAUCCUCCAUGGAUCCGUCGAAAAUGCCGUCCGAGCUUGCAAAAGCCUGGAGCCCCUCUGUGGCGCGCUCGUUGAGGUGUUGGCCAUGCAAGUGUCCUUGGAGCGACAGGAAUUUGCAGACUGGCAUCGGGUCUCGUUAGUCGGCUACAAGUCUGUCUCCACCACGCACAAGCCCGCUGAGGUCGAUGACAGCGCCUCGAAGUCUCCCUCGAAGUCGCCACCGAAAGUCCCCAAGCAGUCGCCUCGGAGGAAAGGGGACCCCUCUCAGGUAAUCAGCCUGGACAAGCGGUGUUACUCCUGCUGCAGCCAGAGCCAAAUGGUCAUGGCCGGCUUCAAGAUGGCAUGUCUGCAGUACAAGCCCUCGCCCGUUGCCUGCAGCGGAGGCAUCUUCGAGCGAGUGGAGCUGUUCGAUCACAUGGAGCAGCUUCUGGAAGUCGCACGUGAGCGUGUUCGGUACAACCGAGACGAGGAGGUGCUGCUGCCGAGUCCGUUCGGUUCAACUGGACAAGGGGCUGAGGCAUUCGCCGUUUCUGCACCGCCAAAGGCCAAAGCCCUUGCUUUGCCAGCGUUGUCUCCGAGGUGA